CGCAGCCACCUCUCCUUGGAAGAAGCUCCUCCACAAGCCCCGCAAGGCCUGGGCAGUGCCCAGCCCGCGGGCCGCCUCCCCUCCUCCGUGCUUCGCGCGGGCUCCCUCUCUGGCUGCGGCUGCGUCCGCCGCCUGCCUGCCUCGCGCGUGUGGCUGCCAAAGAGCAGCCAAAGGGCCGCCCGCUGAGCUCAGCGGUUCUUCGGCCAGUUCUCGGCGCCGGGAGAAGGGACUGACUGGCCGAGGAGGUCGGCGCAGCCUUCUGCUGGCGGGACGACAACGGAAGCCCUUGCGUCCUGUCGGAGGAGAGGCCAGGAGACGCCGAGCGGCCCGCCGGUUGCUUCAAAGGCGCCGGGUGACUUCCCGAGCGACCCGAGGCGUCCCCAGGCAAGAGACGCCCGCCGCCGCGAUGAGACCGGAGCCAGACGGACCGACAAGAGCUCGCACCGAAGCAACAGAGGACACAAGGCCAUGCUGAACGAAACCCAACUCUCUAGUCACGCAGUUCUCCGACAAGUGUUACAAUGGAUAAGCCCACAGCCAGUUGCAGCAGUUUUCCCCCAACAGUGGAGAACCCAGAGGUGGAGUCAGACUUUCUCCGAAGUGUGCAUGCUCUUCUCCGAGAACUUGAUGGUCACCAUCCAGCCUUCCAGAGUGAGCGAGGAAUGCUGCGGUGGACCUUGCACAAGAAAAUCGACAGGAAUCCGAGCAAUGGAGUCCUUUUGGUCAAAAUCCUGGUGAAAGAAUUGGAAAGGGCAGAAAGAUGUGGCUAUCGACAAUAUAUCAUCCCCUUGCUUCAUACGCUGAUGUACACACUGGUGAAGGCACCUGGUAUUCCUGAUGAUUUGUAUGAGAGGGUAUAUGAUUUCUGCAAGAAGUUACUUACCCUGCCCAAACCUUACUGCACCAUUGGACUGCACUAUGCUCGGCAGUUAAAACUGGAAAGGACAAUACCAGGAAUAUUAUAUCAAAGAAUGGUCUCUGCAGAGCAAAGUCUCAAGAAUGAUUCGUUCCCUUACCAGGAAAAGGUUUUCAUGUUUGCAGAUCCGUAUUUGCUCUCUGACGCUGUAUGCAGGGCAGUUGUCACCGAAAUCAAGGCUGCUCGGACAUCCCAGUGCAUCAGGUCCUGCAUGAUCUAUGUGGUAGAACAUGUCCUCCGAGAAGGGCUAAAGGACCACUGUGAUUUUAGGACUUUGCAAGCAAUUCUUCAGGAAAAGCCCCUAGAUAUGAUUGAACACUGUUUCCAGCAGGUUGUGGCAGCCAUUGAACAUGCAGGAAGAGACAUGAGUGCAGAAUGCAAUCAGUAUGUUGAGGAACUAGAGAAAAUCUAUAGCGCAUUAUUAAGCACUUCAAGUUCAAAGAAGGAUGAAGAGGAGGCUACAGCAGAACGAAGCCCUGGCAUCCCUUUGCCCAAUCCCAACAUCAGCUUCCACUUGUGGACAGAUGAAGACCAGCUCUGGAAAGAGCUAGUGCUGUUCAUCCGUCCACAGAGUCAGUCCGGUGAGGAGGACUCUUUGAGUCAAGAACUGGAUAGCUUUGAGAUUCAAGACUUUGACUGCUGUGAGCAGGCACGCUUCUCUGUGCUGUCCACCGACAGUGGUAUUGAGCGGGACCUCCCUAUGCCAGGUGAUGAAGUUCCUGAAGCUGAGCCCCGUCUCCAGAGGAAGGGGGGCAUAAAGAAGAGGGCUUCUACUCUAGACUGCUUAUCACUCCUGCAGACUGGCUCCAAUGGGCAAGGCACAAAGCCUGCUGGGAAACUGCACCGGAAGUGUGGUGGGAGUAUCAUGGAACCCAUCGCUCAAAUGAAACGGCUGCACACGGCUCGAGUCUUGGUGCUAGGGGAUGACAGAGUUUUGGCACGCCUUGUCCAGGCCUAUUACUCAUUAAGGAAGCGGGAGAGCAGACGUGCAUACCUUACACCCAGGCUAAAAGUGCAGUUUUAUUAUGUGCCUGUGAUGGAAGAACAGCCUAGCUCUUGCCCCAUGGAGGAAUAUGCUCUGCCUGAUAUGACACAGCCUUGUGAGUUGUCUGCUUACCUUGGAAGAGUCGAUCCAUGGUACGAGAGCAAUAUCAACACCCUGUGUCACAUGAUUCCGAAGCUGGCCACCAUGCCCUCUUCUCCAAGCAAAAAUUCAGUCUCAGAUCUGUUCAUCAUUGACGUGAUAGCAUACUACGUCCGUCUGGGUUUGCAACCAAUCUUCUUCCAAGUCUAUGCAGUGAAGCUUUUCUUCAAGAAUGCAGUUUUGGAACCAGCUGAGGACAUCUUCCUCAUUCAACUGCAUGUAACCCUGGAAGAAUUCGACCCCACCAGAGACAAUCUCCUGAUGAAGAAGAAAACAGGUGUAGAGGUUCCUGGAGCUGAUGUUACACUUAUGUAUAAAAAGGUUUUGCUGAGUAACCGUGAGAAAGAGGAGACAGUUUCUUUGCGAUCCACUGGCUUGGUUAUGAAAGCCAUUCCCUCAGAUGAGACUGAAGAUCUGGUGUGCUUGAAUGUCAAUAUUGCUGAAGUUCUAAAGACCUCCAACCUCUCAGGACGGUCAUAUUCAUUAGUUACAAACAAGAUCCGAACACGCAACAUCAACAUGCAAAGUACAGAACAAAGGUCCUUCGCUGUGUGCCUGGACAAAGACUCCAGAAGAGUCUACAGGAAUGUGAUUGGCAUUGAAGUUUCCCCAUGUUUGGAACCUAGUUACUGCUUGCAAAAGACAAGAGACAGGCGGACCAGCUUGCCAGGAGAUGAAGACGUGGGACUGGCCAAAUACUUACCCAAGUCUUUGUUACUACCCAUUAAUACUUUUGCAGGCAUAAUUCAAUGAGGAAGCUGGUAAUUGCAGCUAUUCCAGUCCUUUAUUGGGUAUCAUUGGGGAAUGCCCCACAGCUUGGGGACUAAACAGAAAAGGCUCCAGGGGGAAAGCAAACAAGUCUGAAGUAGCCCAGCCCAAUCUGGAGAAGGUGAAAGGUUUUAUAAUAGGGCAGAUAACAAACUGGGAAGCAGGUGAAAGAAGAAAUAAGGUAUGAGAUUUUCAACCUUCUUUCAAGAGUGUUUUGCAUAAACCCAGGAAAAAUUCUUGUUAGGAUAAUUUACUCAAGUUUUUCUUACAUCAUGAAAGGAAAGGACAAUAAUUUGUUUUUCCUUUCAUUCGGCAAAUUGAAACUAUAAAUGAAAAUAAAUUUUCAUUAAAAUACGUCCUCAGGGAUUGAUCUCAAGAUCGUAGCUUUAUGGAGUAAGGCCCUAUUUAAAUAUGCUAGAGAGAUGGAUGCUGUUCUGUAGAACUACAGGUUGAUAAUGCUCAUCAAAUACAAAGAUUUUGAAUCCACACAGCAAAUUCAAGUAUUUUGUUAGAAACAUAUUGGGAUAGGGUUGUAUAUACAUAUUCAUGAAUUCCCAUCAGAUGCUACCUGUCAAAGAAAUGCACACACAAAAAUACUUUGAAACUGGAAGGAAUACUUGGAAACUUCCCUGUUUAUAGUAGCUCUCUGAAACUGCACAAAAUGACCUGUACCGCAGGCGGGACAAAAUCACUGUGGCAAAACUAAAGCAUUUUCCUGUGAGAACUAGAAUAUGCUGUUUUACGGGCGG